GCGCAGCGGGCAUCGCGGCGGGCAGCGCCAUGAGCCGCACGCAGUCCGGACCCCUGGAGACAUAUAACAGCCUGACAGACAAACAUCUGACCAGAUACUUCAAUAACACCAGGAUCCGUAGGCACCUACAACGUGUGGGUUUGGUCACAAGGAGUGGACGGAUUGUGUCCGAGAAGGAAUAUCGUCUCAGUAUAGUCCGCAAAGAUCAUCAAAGAUAUGUACGUGAGAGCCUGGCCCAGGCCAUAUUCCACAAGGUCCUCAGCAUGGAGCGUUUGCAUCAGCAGGAGAUCCAGAGGAGGUUGGAAGAUUUGUCUCGUAGAGACCGCAUCCAGCGCGUCAAGAUUGACCGCACGAGGAGACCUGACGAAGACCUCAUUCCAUUCCUAUUGCCCCGACCGCCCGCUGCUUCUCGGAACUGCCAAAGGAGCCUGUCAGGCCCAAACAUGAUGCAGCCCAGCCCCUCCACAUCUUCAACCUCCCCUCGUCCCAGCACUGCCCCUGGGAAGAUGCAGCGUCCGGCGAGGCUCGUCCCCCUGCAGAGCAAUGGAGUAUCGAGCACAGCAGCAAUCACUGCGCAGUGCUCGUCGCACACCAGACAGAGGGAUUCGCAGCCAGAACUGGUCAGGGACAUCAACCCCAACUUCCCUCAUGGGCAGCCAGAACGGGAAGUGAUGAGGCACUGGCAAACGGUGGACACCCCCAGCAGACUCUCUCCCUACCGUCUUCCCGUCAUCAACAACUACGUGACUCCUGUCCCCCCGUCCCUCCGCCCAUGGGAGAAGAGCACCUUUAGCAGAGGACGCCGGCUACGUGCACCCACCACGUCCCACGCCCCAGCCAGCCCCGCUCAAAAGGGAGUCCCAAGGUGGCGUCGCUCUGCGGGAGUGCACAGCAAUGUGGUAGUGACGAUGGUGUACCGUGGCAAGAGGCUGCACCUCUCCUAUGACCGGGCUGAUGCGAGGGACGAGGUCAAGGUUCAUCAGCAGCAUUGCGGUGGAGAGAACCUCUGCGUCUUCAAGGGGAAGCUGAUGGAAGCAGAGCGGUUCGAGUUUGUGUCACGGAGACAUGCUGGCUUCCCGUUCAGCCUCACCUUCUUCCUGAAUGGCCUUCAGGUGGACCGGCUCAGCUCCUGCUGUGAGUUCCGGCACCGCAGGGGCUCCCGGCUCGGGGGGAGGCAUCCCCACUUCACCAUCCUGUCAGUGCAGGGCGCCACCCCCUGCUACAGGUGCAUCAUUGCCACCGGUCUGGACAAGAAACCGUCGCCACCCCCAAAGCUAGCAAAGGAGGACGGCGGACAGGGCAGAGAGAGCAUGAAGUCGGGAUCAGCAAAGCCCAACAGAGGGGUCCGCACAGUCAGGACAGCGGAGAACCUGCAGAGUGGAGCUGUUGCCAGCGCAACUGUGUCGGAACGGGACGGAAUGGACGAGGACCAGGAAAUGUCAGAAUGCCAUGGAGCCCUGGGGCAAGAAUACGCCGACGAUUUUGAAGAGGAUGCGGAGAGGCCAGGCAGGGAGGCAGAACCCUGUGGAGAGGGCAGAGAAGAGGCACUGGGUGAAGGGGAUGAGAGUGGCUCUGGCGAGGAGGGUCGUGACCAGGGGUUGGCACGAGAACAUGAAUUCAGCAACAGCCUCUCCGAUGCAGAGAGUGAGGAAAGUUCAGGGAGCGACCACUCCCACUCAUCCUCAUCUGGCUUCCCGAGAUCCAGCGAGGGGUCUGAUGGCGACUCAUCGGAAGCUGGGGUCCAUGAGGCUGGAGAUGAAGGUGGUCGUGCAGCCAGCGAGGAGGCGGGAGUAACUGCAGCAACGGUGGAGCGUGGUGGUGAGGAGCCCAAGGUCACGGUCGACGGGGAAGCAGCAGAGAGUACGGAAAUGCUCGUCCCUCGUGUAUGUGAGGGAGACGGUGAGCUCAGCAAGCUGGUGGGAGAUGAUCCCAGAACCAGUGUGGACAACAGGAGGUCCAUCAAGGUGACUUCAGCAACGGGUGGUGAGCAGCAACUGAGAGCCACGGGUGACACGUGGAGAGGGAGUUUGGUGGAUGUGUGUGCUGCCGAGCUCUCUGUCUCAGGGAGAUCAGCAGCUGGGAGACGCGAGUCCAUUCAGGAGCAGGAUCAGGAUGAGGACGAGCGAGGAGGGGACUCGCAGCCAGAGCUGGAUGCCUCCCGCGUGGACAGUGUGGCGGAGGAAGAGUGGGCGAGCAUAGCUCGCUCGGGAAGAGGAUCUCCGCACACCCGGGAGAGUGAGACCCGUUCACCGUCCCGGGACACGGACCUCGGGACGCCGCCAAUAGACACUCUGUUACCGGCCCGAAGGAAGAAAGAGUUCCCUUCCUUCAGCCCGGCUCUGGCCCGACCCGUGUUCAGCGGCGGCUGCGCUUGGCGGGAGGAGCGAAGAGAGAGCCGGGUCUCGGUCCAGCUGCUCGCGGGUGCCGGGGAAGAGGGACGUCCCGAGGGUCACGGACAGUCCGGGGGUCCCGCCGACGAAGGACGUCCCGAGGGUCCUGGACAGGAAGGACAGUCCGCGGGUCCCGCUGAGGAAGGACGGCCUGGGGGCUCCGGAGAGGAGGAACGGUUGGCGGGUCCCGGGAAGCAGGAACGGCGCGAGGGUCUCGGGGAGGAGGGGCGACUAGAGAGUCCCAGAGGGGAGUUGGGAAAGUGGGGGGACGUUGGGAUGAAAGCAAUUAGCCUGGAGGAGCAAGGAUGUGGGACAGAAGAAAAAGUUGUGAAGAAUGAAUUUGGGAUGGAGCAAAACUCUGGGAGCGACGAAGCUGUUGGAAAGGGAUUCAUAGGUGAGCUGGGGCUCACUGAGGAAGAGGGAGACAUUAGGGAGGAGGGAAUUAUAGAUGAGUUGAGGGACAGUGAAGAGGGAGACACCGGGGAAGAGAGGGGCAUUAGGAAGGAGGGAAUUAUGGAUGAGUUGAGGGACAGUGAAGAGGGAGACACCAAGGAAGAGAGGGACAUUAGGAAGGAGGGAGUUAUGGAUGAGUUGAGGGACAGUGAAGAGGGAGACACCAGGGAAGAGAGGGACAUUAGGAAGGAGGGAAUUAUGGAUGAGUUGAGGGACAGUGAAGAGGGAGACACCGGGGAAGAGAGGGAUAUUCGGGAGGAAGGGAUCACUUGUGGGAAGUGGGGCGUCGAGGUGGAGAGCAGAGUUGGGGAGAAUGAGGACCAUGGAGUGGAGAGGGAUAUUAGUGAGAUGGGGGUCAUUGAGGAGGGGAAUAUUGGUAAGAUAGGAUACCCUGAGGAGGGCGAUAUUGGGGAUACGGGGGACGUUGCGAAGGGGGUCAUUAGUGACAUAGGGAACACUGGAGAGGAGGGGGCUCGGAGAGAGGGGGGUUUUGCGGAGGUGAGGGUGGGGAAAGAGGCAAAUACAAGGGAGGAGAGUGUUGAAGCUGAGGAAGACUCGGAGGAGGGUUUGGAACCGGGAGAGUGGGGAGACUUUGGGAUAGAGGAUGGUUUUGAAGAGGAGGGAGACACUUGGGCGGAGGAAGAGCUUGAAGAGGGAUUUGGCCCGGGACUGGCGGCGACGGGCAGCUCCGGCAGCGGGCGGGAGGAGAAGGAGGAGACCUCAGUCUGGAACAGCCAGUGA